AGAAUAUAACACAGAAGACCCAUUCACAACUCAACAAGAAACAUCUUCACCACUUAUGAUAUUUAUGACUCUACAUCCUGAAUAUGUAAGUCCAUGUGAGAAUCAGGAGACACUUCAGACAGCUUUAGAUGAGGUAAAGGACUGUACAACAUAUAUGCCUCACCUCUACAGUUGUCAUGGUAACUGUGGUAAUAAAACAAGUCCAGAUCGACAUUGUGCGUGUGAUGUGUACUGUUUGGUGAAUGAAGAUUGUUGUUCUGACUUUGCACAACUUUGUCCUGUCAUGGCAGAAAACUCACAAAAAAUCAUGGAGUCUGUCCAAGACCAACAAAUCCAAUUGAACUGUACGACAAAGAAACAUAGUGCAGCUGUAAAGAUGAUAACAACAUGUCCACAUUCUAGUAACAAAACAUGUGAUUUGUUUGGUUUGGACCUUCUUGAAGGUUAUAUGCCAGUAUUUGACAAUAAUACUGGCCUGUAUUACUUGAACGACUACUGUGCAAAAUGUAACAACUUCACGAGAGGUGAGCUUCAAAUGCCUACUGAAGUUACAUGUCCUCCUUUUAUACAGCCCUACAACAUGGAAGAACUGCAACAAGCUAUAUAUACUAAGACUUGCAAAUUGGUAUUCGAUCAACUUGGACAUCAAUGUUGGAAGUACGAAUCAACCUGCCAUCCCGACUGUGAAUUCAAUGAAACUAUACAAACACUCUGUGACACUGAGUCUGUACAGAUGUAUGCCACAAAUAAAGAUGUAUACAAAAAUGAAUAUUGCGCUAUUUGUGCAAACGAUUGGCCAGGGGAACAUUGCAGUUCAAACAUAAAAGGUUCUUAUAUGCCAAUAUUCCCGAGUUUUUCAUUUUCCUUGGUGAUGAAUAUCAA